AUGAGUUCGGCUAGUAAAGGUGUAUCCGCUACGACCACGCCCUCGACAAAAGAGCCCACAGUGGGCAGCGGGCUGAGGGCAACUACACCAGGUGGAUCCUCAUCCUCUACCAUGAUGACAAGUGGGUUGCUGCUUGGUCUAUCCACAGUACUAUCGAAUUUCCCGUACUCGACAACGUCUACAAGAAAUUCCUGCGUUUCUGCAUGGCACAUAGACCUUUCUCUAAUCUUGAUCUAUCCUAUUCUAGAUCGUAUUCAGCACGUUUUUAACAAGCGGUGCGUGUGACUGUGAGAUUCGGGAUCAUGUUCAUGAAGAAUUAUUCAAAUUGUGAUAUUGUAUGUGGACGGUAAAUUUGCGUUGCAUAUUGUGCAGGCAAGAAAAAAUCAGAGAAGAACCUGAUCACAACAUCGUCUCUCGAUUUCGGAAAACUCGCGACAGGUACGACGACCAGCUCUAUUGAAAUAGAAGAAUCCUGGCGGGUUAUUUCUGCCAGUUUGGAUACUGGUGAUAUGAUCAGGAACAACCGGUAUGGAGCUCUGAAUAUUGCGAGUGGAACUACAAUGCCAGGCAGUGCUGCGGCCUUCCACAAUUAUGCCGGCGUGAAGAAAUCUUCCGCGACCUCGACCUCCGAUUUGCUGCAGCAGUCUGUCAUUUCCCAUUCACAAGACCGCGGGGGCUGCAGGUCCCCCCUGGACAGGUCGGGUUUUCAGCCGUCCUUUAUCCCCAUGGCACAGAGGAACAUUCAAGCGAUAUCCUGUGAAAAAACAUUCCCAAGAAUAUCCCAUAGAAGUUGCCAUGCCUGUUUGCAAUUGCAGGAGCAUUUGUAAUGCGCAUCCCCAUGACGAGACGCACUUGCGAGCGUGUUUUGGAACUUGUGAUGCUGUAGAAAGGAUAAGAAGAUCGAUUUGCUAUGCGGCUUCCGCCUUGCUAAACUGCGUUGUGUAUAUUACAGCCUGCAACCUGUCAUGCAUGACUCCCAAAGCUCCCAGCUUUGUGUUGCGAAAUCCCCAUUGGCAACUCUGGGGUGGGGACUUUUCUACAUAGCAUAAGCGAAAGUCGACACGGGCCUGAGCAAUUCAUCUAAUAUGUCGAAUAGCAACACACCAACCCAAAUCUUCAACACAAACAACAAUCCGAGUAGAGCCACUGCCGCUGCAUUUGUGUUCGGUGGAGCCGGGAUAAAAAUGAGCGGCGUUGGUGGUGCAAGUGGAAGUGCAACUGCAGGCCUCUCUGCACGAACGACUCUGAAUAUUAAACCUAAAUCCACCAAACUACUGCUGGGGGGCGACCCCAGUGCAAAAAUAGGUGCAAAAACUUCAGCAAUCGGGAACUGCUCUACUGGGCAGCAGCUCCCGCCAGGUGUUGUUUGUUCAACAAGCCUUCCGGAGGAGCCGUCUGGUGGCGGAGGGACCACGACGACUGUGAGGGCAACGACCUCUUCCGCGUCCGCCCCGGGAGCUCUUGCUAGUGACUUGAUAGGCGCUGGUGGAGGCACUAGUACCAGUACAGGCACCCGAGCAGGAACUACUACGCCACAUCAAGUGCAAGUCGCGGUCCCCGCUCCUAUACACGUGAACCGGCCAGUCAGCCGCCGCGCUACCGCCAGCACGGCCUCGACCUCCGCCGCGCAGAGCCGCCGGUCGACUUCUACAACGAAUCUCCGGGGAGGAGGCGGGGGAAGUGGUACUACA